UCAUUUACCUCAUCAUUUUUACACCGUAAACCUAACUCACUUUCUCACACGAAUAAAGAAAGUAGAAACCAAAAAAAUAAAAAAUAAAAAAUUCCCAGAACCGGUAACUAACUGACAUGUACUCACGCAACCCGACCCGAUUCCGAUCACCCAAAUUCCUUACCUCGAGGGCCGAGCGUUUUCUCGGCAUCACAAACCACGCGCCGCCACUCGAUAACUCCACACCCUUCGAAUUCAGCGAAGACGACGUCGUUUUCGGUCACGACGAAAAUCCUUCUCCCUUAGGCCCUCCCGAUUCAUCUGAAAUCCAUGCCGUUUCGCCGGAAAACAAAGACUCUCCCGACGCGGUAGACGCUACGGAUUUUCUCGAUCUCGACUCUGUUUCAAUCUUCUCUUCCGUUUCCUCCGAUUUAUCUUCCUCUUACGCAACGCAACCGAUUCUCGUCCAGCAAUCAGCGACAGACCGAACUCGGCCGUUUCCGUCCCUCGCCGCGACUAAAUUCUACCAUUCCGCGCCGAUUAAUAUUCCGAUAAUGUCGCUGGAAAUGGCGGAGCUAGCAAGGAAAUUCGAAGAGGAAGAAGCACGAGAGUUGGCUGAGGAGGAAGAUUUCAAGAACAAGAUGCCUCCGCACGAGUUUCUCGCGAAGCAAUUGGAUUUUUCACGGAUGCAUUCGUGUUCGUUGUUUGAAGGAGUUGGAAGAACCCUAAAGGGAAGAGAUUUGCGUAAAGUUCGGAAUGCCGUUUUGAGCCAAACAGCAUACAGAUGAAGUAUCAUGCACAGCAGAGAUGCCAGAAGAGAAUUUAAUGGCUUAGUGAAAGAUUCAGAAAUUAUUCCUAGACUUUUAAUUUUUAUGUUAUCUUUAGGAUGAUUUAUACACUUUCAUACAGCACGCAAAUGAAGUACCGUGCACAACAGAGAUGGCGGAAGUGUAAUACAUUUGUGAAGGAUUCAGAGAUUAUUCUUAGACUUAUGUUUGAAAAUGUAAGACUUUUGGUUUUUCUUCUGCUACUAAUCUAUGUACCUAUGGGCAGCAAAGCCAAAAAUAGUGGUUACACACUUACAUGCAGCAUGCUGUAAUGCAAUUGCUUUCAUUU